GUGGUGAAAAGACAAAACCAUUUCUCAAGAAAGGCGAACUUCGUGGAACACAAUUCCAUUCAUUUGAACAUUCCAGCAUUAAGCACUGAUUGUCUUCACGAUAGUUCGAACCAUGACUUCGUAGUAAGUUUUGAUAAGACGAAGUGCACGGAUGUCGCUGAUUAUACGACUCAUGUUGAGGAAAUAUUGAAGAAGGUA